GGCAGAGCACGCUCGAUCCCAAGAUGCCUUGCGGCUGCGGAAUUAGACCAAGGGAAGGGACGUGAACGGUACGGCGUCUCUGGGCACCAGCGCCCGCGGGCGGCAGGAAUAAUGUCGGGCCGGGGACUGGAUGCAGCGGGGCCGGCCAAAGCGAGUACAAGCGGAGGCUCACGCGCUCGGCGAAAGGUCCUGACGACUGAAGAGGCGGAGCUUUUUGAGCUCGCGCAGGCCGCGGGGAGUGGUCUCGACCCGGAAGUGUUCAAGAUCCUGCUGGACCUUCUGCGCAUGAAUGUGGCACCCUUGGCUGUCUUUCAAAUGCUGCGCUCCAUGUGUGCCGGGCAAAGACUCGCUGGCACAGAAACUGUCCCUGAGUCAGCGCGAGAGCCCCCAUUUGUCUCUGCCAAGACCAGUAAAAUCCCUGCACCACUCUCAUUUUCCUCUGCCCUUCGACCUCCAAGAAUAAGAGUCACUAAGGCUGUGGUCUACAGUCCUGCUGCAGCUUGCUCGCCUAUCUCUCAAGGUCCCCCUGGCUCUUUCCAGUUUUCUUGCUGCCUGUUCUCUCCUUUUGCAGGGAGAACCAGAACUAGUUCUGCCACAACUGGAAAUCAAGCUCUGCCAGAUCACAGCAAUCGGGAAGGAUCUGUCCAACGAGUCCCUCGACAGCCAAGUGCCAGCAGACUGCAGAAGACUGGGUGUCCUGGGAAAAGUACAUAGAAGUUUGAAAAUAGAACAGUAAGAUUUGUAGUUUGAAACCAGUGAAAGAGAAACAUAGAGAAUACAACUGUUCAUGACUGAUCUGUAACGUUCCAAAAUGUUAUGCAGCUCAAAUCAAGAAAGCAAGUGCCAUUAAUAGGAUGAAAGUUGAUUGCAUCAUAAUAUUCAAACACACUAAUAAAGGAGAUUCUAAUGAA